AUGGAUAAUCCCGAUGAUUCCCACGGCGGCGGCAGCUCCACUAACCCAACUCCGGCGGCGGAGUAUGUUCAGGGAAGAAAGCUUGAAAUAGAAGCGCGCAUUUUGAAGCCUUUGGUGAGAUCUUUGUUGAAUUGGAGUAAGCCUGACCUAAAAUUGAAGGAACGCCUGCAGCGUGUUGAUGAUGUCAUCCACAUGGUCGUUGAAGACCUUGAGGAACCUGCUCCGGAAUCUGCAAAAGUACGGCGCGUGUCUUCCAAUCUGAAGAGCACACAUGAAGAUAUGGAAAGGAUUCUUUCUCUGUGCAGCGAGAAUUCAAAAUCUUACUGUACGGAUUCGUGGAAUGGUGCAGAGCAUACAUUAUGUUUCAUGGAUUCCGUCGCACAGAUUCUCCAGACUGUUAAUCAGCUCGGGGCAGAGAUAUUCGAUGAGUUCGUUGCUGCAAAGCAGGUAUUAUUAGAUGUUUGUUACGAGCUCAAUUUUAUGGAAGAUUUGCUUUGGUUAAUAUAUGUGAAUCCAGUGAGAAUGAAUUUUGGAACUUGCUCCUAUUUGUCAUAUUUUACUGAAAAGAUAGGGGUGGAGAUCUUGUGUAUGUUGUACAACUGUCUUAUGAACAAGAUGGAUGAAGCUUUGCUGGUUAGGUUUUUGAACGGAAAGAUUAACAGUAUUCGGAAAGAGGUAAAGAAUUAUCAUGAAAGUUCAUAUCGGGAUCAAUGGUUCCCAAAUAGUGCAGCCAUACUGGAUAAGCGUGUCGUGCGCUUCUUUGAUUAUCUGAUUGAAGAAAUGAAGAAGUUGUUGUUGCAUAAUACAGGAGAUAGCUUCAUGUUAAAUACUGCUGAUGGGAAUGAAAUGGAGAUUGUGGUGCAGGAGCUUAGUUUUAUAAGAUGGAAUCUCUUGGAUUUACUUAUGUUAUAUCUCCUGGAAAAGGACACGGUGCUAAUUGAAGAGAUGAAUUCUCUUUGUUUUUCCACACAGAACCUCAUCAUGGAUACAGGAUUCCUUAUUUUCUUCUUUCGUCUUGAUGACCAAAGGAGAAGGGAAAACCAAUCAAGUACCUGGACUGACGAGGAUGAGGAUGAAAAAGCCAGAGCCAAUUACUGGAGGUUUCACCUCCCUGGUUUGCUUGAGCAUAUUGACUCUCUGAAGCAACGGGCAGAUAAUUUGUUGAGUUUUUGCAAUAAGUUUUUCAAUCCUUCGAGUAAGUCAUAUGGUAGCACGAACCAGAAGGAAUCAAUCAAUGGCCUCAUCAACUGCCUUUUAUGCCUAAAGCAUCCUGAUGAAGCUUCAACUGAUGCACUGCAUACCCAGGUUCAAUCCAUAUACCAAGAAAUUUCAUCUUUGAAAGAUUUUUUGCCUGAAGUUUUUGAAGAUCAUCUGUCUGUAAAGCCACCGCCACCUCAAUUCCAAUUUCUCAGGCAACAAUUUGAAGAGGCUAUUAAUAAAUCCAACUUCAUCAUUCAUAUAAUUUUAGCCGGAAAAGGUCCGCUUUGGUAUCAUAAGUUGGGUAUAUUUGUGGUUCUAAACCAUGUUAAGGUGGCACUAAAGCAGAUGAAGGCUUAUUCAAAGAAGAUGGUUACUUCUGACCCUAUUUCAACCAGUAUUUCAGGUCCAGCCUCAUUACUGUCCAAGAAUCCCAAACAUGAUGAAAUGAGGGACAUGAAGGAGGAAUCUCCUGAUAAACUGGUUGGCAGAGAAGAUGAAACCAUGGAGGUGAUUGAAGCUCUUACUAGUAUUGGAGCAACUCGGCUAAAGAGUCUUGCUAUUGUGGGCAUGCCAGGACUAGGUAAGACAACUCUUGCUAAUUCAGUGUAUAAGCAUCCUUCAAUCAAUGCACACUUUCAUGUCCGGGCCUGGUGUUGUGCGUCUGAGUCUUAUGUCAAAGAAGCCUUGUUGUUCGAGAUAUUGAGUCAAAUUGUAAGCAGAGACAAUGAAAAUAUCGAGAUAACAGGAGAAGAUCUUGCUCUAAAGAUUUAUCAGAACCUGAAGGGUAGGAAGUACCUAGUUGUUAUUGAUGAUAUAUGGGAGGUUAAGUUAUGGAAUGAAUUGAAGGAAACUUUUCCAGAUGACCAUAACGGGAGUAGAAUUUUAUUCACUACUCGAAAUCGUGCCGUUGCGUUGAAAAUUAAUAGUAUUCCUUACUCUCUUCGCCUCCUUUCCAAUGAAGAGAGCUGUGAACUACUAUUGUUGCGCGUGUUUAAUGGAAGGAAUUACCCUGAGGAGUUGUCAAUGAUCUCAAAUCGUAUUGCAAGGCAUUGCCAAGGGUUGCCCCUUGCUGUGAUUUUGUUUGCUGGAAUUCUGAAAAGGACAGAAAGGAGAAAAGGUUCUUGGGAACAAGUUGCUAAAUCAGUUUUCAGUUUGCACACAGAACAAGUUAAAUGCACAGAAGUAAUGGACUUCACCAACAUAUUAGAAUUCAGCUACAACCAGUUGCCAGAUUGCUUGAAGCGGUGCUUUGUUUAUUUUGGAGCAUUUCCGGAGGACUCUUCUAUUUCUGUAUCAAAGUUGAUAAGAUUAUGGAUAUCUGAAGAUUUUGUGCACGGACUAAACCUGGGCUUGAAGAGUUCAAAGCAAGAAGCCGAGGCUUACUUAUGUGAGCUAAUAGACAGAAGCCUUGUAAUGAUUGCCAAAAUGAGUUCCAAAGGUGGAGUCAAAGCAUGCCGUGUUCAUGAUGUUUUACGUCAAUUUUGCUCCAAAAAACUCCAUUCAGAAAUGAAAUUUUUAGGAGAAGAUGUCUUUGAAAAGUUCUCAUCUUUUCGCGGUAAUCUCAAUGCGCUUCAUGCUUACAACACAUAUUUAUAUCACUACAGAUCACAUCCGUCUACCAUACACAGUCGCUUCCACUUCCAAGAUGUUUCUAACGAUUUACAUUUUGGACCUAGAUUACAGCAUACCGACAAGAAGUUGUCCAGGUACAUGCCUCCUGUUGUCAGAGAGUGGCUCUCAGAAGGGUUGUUGAUGCACACCGGAAACACCAAAAUUAAACGGUUUAAUUAUGACAUGAUCUCUUAUUUUCUACAGCUCAGAGUGUUAGACCUGGGAAAUGUACGAGUUGAAAGCUCUGCAGACACUUCGGAUCUUGUCAUAAUUGCCGAGCUGAUUCACUUGAGGUACUUAGCCAUCAGGCCUCGGAGGAAUGAACUGCCCCCAGAGUUAGGCAACCUUCAAUAUUUGGAAACUUUGGCUCUAGCUGGAGUAAUUGGCUAUAUCUUCUUACCAGACACGAUCUGGAAUUUGACAAGUUUGAGGCAUCUGCUAUCAGAUCAUGGUAUUUUCAUCUUUCCGCAUGUCACUGAGAAGUCCUUGAACUACUACUUCCAGAUGGAUGACUUGACUCACAUUUCCACCCUUCCACUGUAUCGGGGAAAAAAUGUUGGCAUGUUCAUCUUGAGGAGGCUUCCCAGCAUUCAGAAAUUAGGAUGCAGAUUUUUUUCAGAUUCAUGGGAUAAUUAUCUAGGCUGCAAUAUUUUUCCAGAGCUGGACUUUUUGAGUGAACUUAAAUCGCUCAAGAUCUCAUUCUCUGGGAAAGUGCAGUGUCCUUGUAAGUUUAGUUUCCCUUCAAACCUUGUAAAGUUGGUCAUCUCCAGCUCUCGCCUACCAUGGGAGGAAAUCUCAGUCAUCGGGCGACUACUACCGAAUCUUGAAGUUCUUAAGUUGCUGAGCAAAGCAUUUGAAGGGCAGCAAUGGGACAUGAAAGAUGGUGAAUUCCCAAAGCUGAAAUUCUUGAAGCUAGAAUCUCUGGAUAUUGUAGUAUGGAAUGCUGAAGCUCCUGAUUACCUUCCCUUUCUUGAACAACUUGUAGUGCUGCGUUGCCCAAAUUUACAGGAGAUCCCUGCUUCUUUUGGAGAAAUUGCUACUCUUAAGUCGAUUGAGAUAAAAUGGUGCAGCUCCCCUGCCAUGGAUUCUGUCAAAAAUGUUCUGGAAUUGCAACGUGAUUUGUCAAACGAUGAGUUCAGUGUCAAUCUCAGCAGUCCGCUAGAAUGAAAUAUUUCUCAGCCGCAGUAAGUUAAAUUAUUUUCCUCUCUUUUUCAAACAUGUAAAGUUUGGGUUUUGAGAUCGUCGUUUAUGUCUUACUGAUCUGAGAGUAUUAACAUCCCUAUUUUGAGCCAGAACCAAUUCUAAAUUGAAGUGAUCUACACUGAUUUAGUAAACAAUCUCCUGUUAUCGCGGAUCAGUCGAGGGAUCUGGUUAGAAUCUGCAUUGUCUAAAAUAGAAAAAAUGAAUUCUGUUCGCGUUGUUUGGGUAUUGUUUUAGAUCAGUUAAGGAACUUGACUUCCUUUGUUCCUAGUUCCUACAGUCCCCUACUUAAAAUCUUGACAUGUUUUUCUCCCCUUUGCUUACUUCAGUAAUGUUCUCGUGUUUAUCAUUUUUGCCUGCACACUUUCCUUUUUUCCUGGUGAUUUUCACACACGUAAAGUGUCAUUAUAAAAAAAAAUUAUGCUACCUAAAUGUUACAUCUGUCCUGCUGGUAAAUUAUUCAGUAACUGCUUAUAAUUGAGUAAAUUUAACAUAACCUGAUUGGAGUAUGGUUUAAUAACGUUGUAGCUGGAUCAGAUUGGUGCUGAUAGUGCUGGGUUGCUUUGUUGGUUCUUUUGAUGCCAUAAUGUGUCCUAAUGUUCCUUUUACUAAUUCAGUUGUAGAAAGCUGAGCUUCUUUACAGUUAGUUGCUGAAACACAUUAAGGUGGAAAGACAUACUUGUCGAUAUUCUGACUUUGCUUUGAAUGGUGAAUCUUGUAACCUUGAAUCAGUGGUUCUUGUGUCUUAUACGGUCGGUGUUUUAUCUGGCAUGCAUGCAUAUUAUUUUCGCAUCACAUUGAUGUUGUGGUAAUCUGUGAAUUCA